AUGCCGAUGGAUGUGAUUUUAGUUUUAUGGUUCUGUGUGUGCACUGCCAGGACAGUGGUGGGCUUUGGUAUGGACCCCGACCUUCAGAUGGAUUUUAUCACCGAACUUGAUCUUGUGAAUACCACCUUUGGAGUCACGCAGGUGUCUGGACUGCACAAUGCUAGCAAAGCAUUUUUAUUUCAAGAUACAGAGAGAGAGAUCCAUGCAGCCCCUCAUGUGAGUGAGAAAUUAAUUCAGUUGUUCCGGAAUAAGAGUGAAUUUACCUUUUUGGCCACUGUACAGCAGAAGCCGUCAACUUCAGGAGUGAUACUGUCCAUUCGAGAACUGGAACACAGCUAUUUUGAACUGGAGAGCAGUGGCCUGAGGGAUGAGAUUCGAUAUCACUACAUACAUAAGGGGAAGCCCAGGACAGAGGCACUUCCAUACCGAAUGGCGGAUGGGCAGUGGCACAAGGUCGCACUGUCAGUGAGUGCCUCUCACCUCCUGCUCCACGUGGACUGCAAUAGGAUUUAUGAACGUGUGAUAGACACUCCAGAGACCAACCUUCCCCCAGGAAGCAAUUUAUGGCUUGGUCAGCGAAACCAAAAGCAUGGCUUAUUCAAAGGGAUCAUCCAAGAUGGAAAAAUCAUCUUUAUGCCAAAUGGAUACAUAACACAGUGUCCAAACCUAAAUCGCACUUGCCCAACCUGCAGUGAUUUCUUAAGCCUGGUGCAAGGAAUAAUGGAUUUACAGGAGCUUUUGGCCAAGAUGACUGCAAAAGUAGCAAAAUGUAUCUAUGGAGGAAGAGUUCUUGCAGAAGGCCAGCGGAUUUUAACCAAGAGCUGCAGGGAAUGCCGAGGUGGAGUUUUAGUAAAAAUUACAGAAAUGUGCCCUCCUUUGAACUGUUCAGAAAAGGAUCACAUUCUUCCAGAGAAUCAGUGCUGCAGUGUCUGUAGAGGUCAUAACUUUUGUGCUGAAGCACCUAAAUGUGGUGAAAACUCAGAGUGUAAAAACUGGAAUACAAAAGCUACUUGUGAGUGCAAGAACGGUUACAUUUCUGUCCAGGGAGACUCUGCCUACUGUGAAGAUAUUGAUGAAUGUGCAGCUAAGAUGCAUUAUUGUCAUGCCAAUACUGUGUGUGUCAACCUGCCGGGGUUAUAUCGCUGUGACUGUGUCCCAGGAUACAUUCGUGUGGAUGACUUUUCUUGUACAGAGCACGAUGAAUGUGGAAGCGGACAGCACAACUGUGACGAGAAUGCCAUCUGCACCAACACGGUCCAGGGACACAGCUGUACCUGCAAACCAGGCUACGUGGGCAACGGGACCAUCUGCAAAGCAUUCUGCGAGGAGGGCUGCAGGUAUGGUGGAACAUGUGUGGCUCCUAACAAAUGUGUCUGUCCACCUGGAUUCACAGGAAGCCACUGUGAGAAAGAUAUUGAUGAAUGUACAGAGGGGAUCAUUGAGUGCCACAACCAUUCCCGCUGCGUUAACCUGCCAGGGUGGUACCACUGUGAGUGCAGAAGCGGUUUUCAUGAUGAUGGGACCUAUUCACUAUCCGGGGAGUCCUGUAUUGACAUUGAUGAAUGUGCCUUAAGAACUCACACCUGUUGGAAUGAUUCUGCCUGCAUUAACUUGGCGGGGGGCUUUGACUGCCUCUGUCCCUCUGGACCCUCGUGCUCUGGUGACUGCCCCCAUGAGGGAGGGCUGAAGCACAACGGACAGGUGUGGACCCUGAAAGAAGACAGGUGUUCUGUCUGUUCCUGCAAGGACGGGAAGAUAUUCUGCCGACGGACAGCUUGUGAUUGCCAGAAUCCAAGCGUUGACCUUUUCUGUUGCCCAGAGUGCGACACCAGAGUCACAAGUCAAUGUUUAGAUCAAAAUGGACAUAAGCUGUAUCGAAGUGGAGACAAUUGGACCCACAGCUGCCAGCAGUGUCGGUGUCUGGAAGGAGAGGUAGAUUGCUGGCCACUCGCUUGCCCCAAUUUGAGCUGUGAAUACACAGCCAUGUUGGAAGGGGAGUGCUGUCCCCGCUGUGUCAGUGACCCCUGCCUGGCUGAUAACAUUGCCUAUGAUAUCAGGAAAACUUGCCUGGACAGCUACGGUGUUUCUAGACUCAGCGGUGCAGUAUGGACAAUGGCCGGAUCUCCCUGCACAACCUGUAAAUGCAAGAAUGGGAGAGUCUGCUGUUCGGUGGAUUUGGAGUGUCUUCAAAAUAACUGA